GGUGGGUGGGGGCGGUGGUUUCCGGUCGCUCUUGUGGUCUGUGGCGGUUGGUGACGGCGCAGCUCGAGCGAUGGUCUGCGCGCUGCAGUUGGGAUCUCUCCCGGCGCCUCAGCUCUUCUACUGGGCUGGGGUGCUGUCCGUGACCUGGGUGGCGCUGAGAGCGGCCUACGGGCUGCUGCUGCACGGGGCGCGAGUGUACCUGCUGGGGCACGGCCUCGCGGUGGAGCGGUGCGGCCGCUGGGCAGUUGUUACAGGUGCAACUGAUGGAAUUGGAAAGGCUUAUGCAAAAGAGCUUGCGAAACGUGGUAUGAAUAUUGUCCUUAUCAGCAGAUCUCAGGAAAAACUGGAUCAAGUUGCUUCAGACAUCAAGGACAAGUUCAAGGUUGAAGCAAAAACCAUUGCUGUGGACUUUGGGGAAGGACAAGAAAUAUACAGUGUCAUUGAAACUGGUUUGACUGGAUUGGAGAUUGGGGUCUUAGUUAACAAUGUGGGAAUUUCAUAUGAGUACCCGGAGUAUUUCCUGGAUGUACCUGGUCUGGAUAAUAUAAUCAACAAGAUGAUCAAUGUGAAUGUAAUAUCGGUCUGUAAGAUGACAAGCAUGGUAUUGCCUGGUAUGGUGGAGAGGUCAAAAGGUGUCAUCUUGAAUAUAUCGUCUGCUAGUGCAUUGUAUCCUGUUCCCUUACUCACUCUUUACUCUGCAUCCAAGACUUUUAUGGAUUUCUUUUCCCGAGGACUCCAUGCUGAGUAUAAGGGCAAGGGGAUCAUUGUCCAGAGUGUGUUGCCAUUCUUUGUUGCUACCAAGCUGAGUAAGAUCCGAAAACCAACACUGGACAAGCCCAGCCCAGAGACGUACGUGAAAGCUGCCUUAAACACGGUUGGCCUUCAGACCCAGACACACGGCUACCUGCCCCAUGCUAUAUUGGGUUGGAUUACGACAAGCCUGAUACCAGACUGUCUGGCCAUUAAAUAUGCUAUGAAGCUGAACCAAGGUUUUCGUGCACGCUACUUGAAGAAGGAGAAGAAAAACUGAUUUUCUACGCAAUAAAAUGCAAUAUUCUUGGAUCUUUUUUUUAUUUUGCAAAGUUUGAAAUUAAUUGAAACUUAUUCUUUUAAUAGGGACCAGAUAUUUUGGGGGAUAGGGUUGGAGGAGAAGAGAAGGAUUCAUAACAUACUUUCUAUAUAUUUCUGACAUUGGCUUCAGAGUCCCUGGGUUCUUGGCUUUCAAAGUAAAUAAAAUACUAAAUAUCUAUGAUAUUGUAACAGAUUUGAAGUUGAAUCCCCAAAUUAUCUUCUCGCUAAUACAAGCAUUGUCCUUUACUCUGGAGAAGAGGAGGAUUACAAUUUCUUAUUUAUGUCUUGUUUCUGAGCUAUUCUCACCAAAAGCAUUUACAAAAAUUAUUGAAAAUACACUUUUGUCUUCCUUAUUCAAUUAUUCCUUAUAUAAAUGAAAUGCUGUUGUUGUCAUUCGCCUAACAUUAGGAAUAGCAAGGAAGGAAAUACUCUAAUAAAAUAUAGAUUGAAAGUAGAAAAUAGAGUAAUUUUGCAGAAUGCUUUUUGUUUUGUUUCAGAAUCAAUCAACUGAAAAAAGUUUUCUUAAUUGAAGAAGUAGGAAAAUCUUGGGCAUAUACUUUCUGUUGAAGUUUAGAAGCUAAUGUUGACAUUAAUUAUACUUUUAGUGUGAAAUACUUGCUUAUGUUGGUCCUCGGGACCUUCAGCUGUUCUUCUAGAUUGUUCCAUUGACUACUAACGGAAAAGCACGUGUGCCAGACGCCCUGUUUACAUUUGGAAGGGGAAGGGGAGUUAGCCGAUCUGGAACAAACAUUUUAUGGAAAUAUAUGCAGCUAGAUAUUGUGUAUUCACUGGUGUUGAACCUUGCUGUAUUUUGGUGCUUCAAAUCAAUUCCCAUGCUUCUCCACAGCAUCUAUUUAAUUAAGUGUAGGUGACUUGGAAUGCACAGUAUUCCUCGCUGUUAGUGAAUUCUCUUGACCAACCUAGCAGAUUCUGAGGAAAGGCCCACAAAUCCAAGAAACUCAAGAAUUUCUCAAUGCAGGCGAGGUGAAAAAUAGUUCAUGAUGAUUUCCUUCUAUCACUAGAGGGAGUACUUUGUACAAUUUAGAAGCUUACAAGGCCAUGUCAUGAAGAGUUGCAAACUAAAUAAUCAAUUAGAUGAAGAGUCCAUCUGAAAAA